UCGAAAACAGCAAAAACACAUCGCUGCUAACGGAUUGCGCAACAUCGCCCGUUCAACAUGUAUUUUCUCACAUCGAAGUGACAUGAGGGCGACAUGGGUGCCAAGGAGUCACGGAUAGGUUUCCUUUCGUAUGACGAGGCCGUUAAAAGAGUGACUGAUGUGGAGUUGAAACGUCUGAAGGAUGCCUUUAAGAGGACCAGUGGCCUGUCCUUCUACAUGGCCCAACAGUGCUUCUACAGAGAAGUCCUGGGAGAUGGGAUCCCUCCGAAGGUUGCAGAGGUGAUCUACAACUCGUUUGGAGGCACCUUUAAAGGACUGCACUUCAACAACCUCAUUAUUGGCCUGGUGCUGCUGACCAGAGGACGAGAUGGGGAGAAGGCCAAGUACCUCUUCAGCCUGUUUGCCAGUGAGUCGGGUGGCUAUGCGGCGCGGGAUGACAUGGAGGCCGUGCUUCGGGCGGUGGACGGGGAAGUCCCGCCCUCUCUCAGGAAGUGCUUCAGCGAGGGGGAGAAAGUCAACUAUGAGCGCUUUAAGAACUGGCUCCUUCAGAACACGGAGGCGUUCACCUUCUCCCGUUGGCUGCUCUCCGGAGGCGUGUGUGUCACUCUCACAGACGACAGCGACACGCCCACCUUCUACCAGACUCUGGCCGGAGUCACACACUUAGAAGAGUCUGAUAUCAUUGACUUGGAGAAGCGCUAUUGGCUGCUGAAAGCCCAGUCCAGGACCGGACGCUUUGACUUGGAGACCUUUGUCCCGCUGGUCUCUCCUCCUAUUCACGCUUCGCUAAGUGAAGGUUUGUUUCAUGCCUUUGAUGAGAACCGGGACAAUCACAUCGACUUUAAGGAGAUCUCCUGUGGCCUGUCUGCCUGUUGCCGGGGGCCCGUUGCCGAGAGGCAGAAAUUUUGUUUCAAAGUGUUUGAUGUGGACCGGGAUGGGGUUCUGUCUCGAGACGAAAUCCAUGAAAUGGUGGUCGCACUGCUGGAGGUGUGGAAAGACAAUCGCACACACACACUCCCCGAAUUGCUCACCGACGUGUCGGACAUAGUGGAUGGAAUCCUGAAGAUGCACGACACGACCAAGCUGGGUCACCUGACCCUAGAGGACUACCAAAUAUGGAGUGUGAAGAGCGCUCUGGCCACCGAGUUCCUCAACCUGCUGUUCCAGGUGUCCCACAUUGUCCUGGGCCUUCGGCCUGCUACUCCUGACGAGGAGGGACAAAUCAUCAGGGGGUGGCUGGACAGAGAGGCCAGACAUGGGCUUCAGCCUGGUGAGAGCAGGUUCCUCAUCUCUGGCCAGUGGUGGAAGCUGUGGAAGGGCCACGUCAACUAUGACCGCAAGUCCAUCGUGGUGGAUCAGCCCUCUGUCCUCUCCUCUCUGAGGAAUCCUCAGGCCUCUGCCACCGUCGAGCCUGCCCCCCUGGAGCCAGGGGGAGGUGAAGGUCUGGGGGUCCCCAGCCCAGCCAGCCCCUCAGAGGAGAGGUCCCCUGAUGCUGUGUCCAGGGUCUCUGAAGCCACAGAGAGCCAAAGCACAGGUCAUGGUGACCCCCAGGCCGGCCCCUCAGCCACAGAGAUCUGUUUUGCCCGGCAACACAACGUGUCGGACAACAACCAGUGUUUCUCCGGGGCCAACGGCCACAUCCCCUCCCUCUCUCAGUCCCAGCUGGCAGCUCAGAGGCCUGGAGCCAUCGACAACCAGCCCCUGGUCAACACAGACCCCAUGAAGGCCCCCUCAUUGACCAUGGAGGGAGGCCGGCUGAAGCAGUCCCUACAGCUGGUGGCGGGCAGAGACUUUGAGACGGUGCCAGAGCCGGUGUGGAGGGCGCUGUUCCACUGGUAUGGAGCCAACCUCAGCCUGCCACGACCGGUGAUCCAGCAGACGACAACAGGCCGAGCUGAGCUGGAGCUCUUCCCACGCUACCUCCUCUUCCUGCGGCAGCAGCCCGCCACACGCACCCCCCAGUCCAACAUCUGGGUUAACAUGGGUAACGUGCCCUCCCCCAACGCUCCUCUGAAGCGUGUCCUGGCCUAUACAGGCUGUUUCAGCCGUGUGGGCACCAUCAGGGACAUCCACCUGUACCUGUCUCGGAGGCUACGCAUCAAAGACGAGGACAUGAGGCUGUGGCUCUACAACAGCCAGAACUGUCUGACCCUGCUCGAUGACGAGGACCACACUCUGGAGGGCCUGAAGAUCCAGGACGAGCAGCACUUAGUUAUCGAAGUUCGGAACAAAGACAUGAGUUGGCCAGAAGAGAUGUCCUUCAUCGCUAACAGCAGUACAAUGGACCGACAUAAAGUUGCUACGGAGAAGGGUGCCACGGGCCUCAGUAACCUAGGCAACACGUGCUUUAUGAACUCUAGUAUCCAGUGUGUGAGCAACACCACGCCUCUCACUGACUACUUCAUCUCAGGAAGACACCUCUAUGAACUCAACAGGACCAACCCCAUCGGGAUGCGAGGUCACAUGGCUAAAUGCUACGGAGACCUGCUGAUGGAGCUGUGGAGUGGAACACAGAAGAACGUUGCUCCUCUCAAACUCCGGUGGACAAUAGCAAAGUACGCCCCGCGGUUCAACGGCUUCCAGCAGCAGGACAGUCAGGAGCUCCUGGCCUUCCUAUUGGACGGGCUCCAUGAGGACCUGAACAGGGUGCAUGAGAAACCCUACGUAGAGCUGAAGGACAGCAACGGACGACCCGACUGGGAGGUCGCAUCAGAGGCGUGGGAGAACCACUUGCUGAGGAACCGUUCCAUCGUGGUGGAUCUGUUCCACGGCCAGCUCAAGUCCCAGGUGAAGUGUAAGACGUGUGGUCACAUCAGCGCUCGCUUCGACCCCUUCAACUUCCUGUCUUUACCCCUCCCCAUGGACAGCUCCAUGCACCUGGAGAUCACUGUCAUUAUGCUGGAUGGUUCUACCCCUGUACGGUUCGGCCUGAGGCUCAACAUGGAUGACAAGUACACCGGUCUGAAGAAACAGCUGAGUGAACUGUGUGGUCUGAAACCAGAACAGAUACUACUGGCUGAGGUCCACACCUCCAACAUCAAGAACUUCCCUCAGGAUAACGAGAAGGUGCGUCUGUCGGGGAACGGCUUCCUGUGCGCGUUUGAGAUCCCUGUCCCAGGCUCCCCCACCUCCCUCUCCUCUCCAACACAGACAGACAUCACCCCUGUGCCCGUGGCUAAUGGGGUGGCGGUGACAGUGGAAGGGCAUCCUGUCGGUAAGCCUAGUCUGAUCCCCAUCGGCAUGCCCAGCGCCGUGGUGCCCUGCAGAGAGGCCACACAGAGAGCCCUGGUCAACGAAGGGCUGCGGGUGUCCAACGAACACACGUCCACCGUCCAGGACAGCCCCUUCAUCGGGUACAUCAUAGCCAUGCACAGAAAGAUGAUCCGGACGGAGUUGUAUUUCCUGUCCAGUCAGAAGAACCGCGCCAGUCUGUUUGGGAUGCCUCUGAUCGUUCCCUGUACGGUUCACACCAGACAGAAAGACCUGUACGAUGCUGUCUGGAUACAGGUGGCCCGUCUGGCCAGCCCUCUGCCCCCGCAGGAGGCCAGCAACCAUGCACAGGACUGUGAUGACAGUAUGGGCUACCAGUACCCCUUCACACUAAGAGUGGUGGGGAAGGAUGGCAGCUCGUGUGCCUGGUGUCCUUGGUACAGGUUCUGUCGAGGCUGUGCGGUGGACUGUACGGAGGACAGGGCCUCGGUAGAAAACGCCUACAUAGCUGUCGACUGGGAUCCUACAGCCCUGCACCUCCGUUACCAGACCUCACAGGAGAGGAUAGUAGAGGAGCACUGUAGUGUGCAGCAGAGUCGCAGGGCCCAGGCUGAGCCCAUCAGUCUAGACAGUUGUCUGAAGGCCUUCACCAGUGAGGAGGAGCUGGGAGAGGAUGAGCUCUACUACUGCUCCAAGUGCAAAACCCACCGCCUGGCCACCAAGAAACUGGACCUGUGGAGACUGCCGCCUAUACUGAUAGUACACCUGAAGAGGUUCCAGUUCGUGAACGGCCGCUGGAUCAAGUCUCAGAAGAUUGUCCAGUUUCCCAGAGAGAGUUUUGACCCUAGUGUUUACCUGGCUCCCCGGGAGGCGGGGCUUAAUGGGCUACACGGUCUGCAGAGCCGCAGCGAGGGGGAGGAGCUACUGAGGAUAAGAGGAGGAGAAACGGUAUCCUCCAUCUCUGCCCCUGCUGGGUUCCUCAACAUCCUCAAAGCCUCUCCAGCGUCAGGCAGGAAGUCAGCCCCUCCCUCCUUCAUCAGCCGUACCAGCAGCCUCAAGACAGGAGGAGGCAGUCCAGGGGCCACGGGCCACAGACAGACCCGCCUCAGGCUCCCCCAGCUGGCCAGCCGGCACCGCCUCUCCAACAGCAAGGAGAACCUGGAGGGUAGUACCAGGGAGAGGGGCAGCGGCCCUGACACAGAGCCCAGGGAGGGAGCACCGCAGGCGAACACGGAGGGUGGGCUCGUGGGGGUGAUGAGUGGAGGUUUUGGGGAGGUCGGGGUGAGGAGCGGGCCAGAGAUGUCCACCACAGAUGCGUCCAGCAGCCUCAGUAAUGUCAUCGUGAUGAACGGGGACAGCGGUGGCCAUAGCAACGAGGUGCUAAGCACGGAGGCCAGUACGGCGCCCAGCACGGACCUAGAGACCACUGCAACAGCCCAGCUGCACCAAAGAGACAACAGCCUGGAGAACAUCUACAACUUAUAUGCAAUUUCAUGCCAUUCAGGUAUCAUGGGAGGAGGACACUAUGUGACCUAUGCCAAAAACCCCAACAACAAAUGGUACUGUUACAACGACAGCAGCUGUAAGGAAGUGCACUCAGAGGAGAUGGACACGGACUCUGCCUACAUUCUCUUCUAUGAGCAGAAGGGAGUGGACUUCUCUCAGUUCCUGCCAAAGACUGACGGCAAGAAAAUGGCCGACACCACUAGCAUGGACGAGGACUUUGAGUCUGACUACAAGAAGUAUUGUGUCCUUCAGUGAUUUCAUGAUCACACCGUCUUCCACCGGUCAACCGUCAACAUUAUGCCUGGAACUCUGGACAGACGGAAAGGACACAGGGCUUCUUCAGCCGGUCUCAACUGGGCUCCCAGGAAGCACAAAAUGGUGUCUUUUGGCCGAGUCAUCACAAACUGAGCCACUUGGAGGCCGGAGCGGUUGUCAUGCUUUCGGAUACCGCAAGAUACCCCCUUGUUGUUUUGUCAAGAGAACAACAUUGAAGACCCAUUUUUUUUUUUUAAAGCACUAAGCUGUUGCACAUUGAGCCUGAGGAAACCCUCCCUCUUCCGUGUGUGUGUGUGUGUAUGUAUGUAUGUAUGUAUGUAUGUAUGUAUGUAUGUAUGUAUGUGUGUGUGUGUGUGUGUGUGUUAUAUUGUCAGCACAUGAGCUGAUAUUGCUUCCUCGUUGCGCAUAUUUGUCCCCUGCAGCCAUCAAAACAUGUCACUAUAGUGAGUUAUAGAGACAGACAUUAUGUAGGUACAUAAUGUCUGUCUCUAUAACUCAGUAUAGUGAAACGGUAAUAUAGAGAUUAUAUUAAUAUUAUUUUAUCGAUUAAAAAAGGGGUUCUCCAAAGAUUUUUAUUUUCCUUCUUCAGUAACGAUACUGUCAUUUAAAAAAACAACAACUCCUAAUGCUACCUCACUGCAUUUCAUUGGCCAAUUGGAACGGUCAAAUAUUUUUUGACAGUAUUAAAACCUCACCCACUUCCUCCUUUUGAUGUCCCCGCACACACACACACACACACACACACACAGACACACACAGACACACACACACACAGACACACACACACACACAGACACACACACACACAGACACACACACAGACACACACACACAGACACACACACACACACAGACACACACACACACACACACAGACACAAACUUUGAAAAAGAAUAAUCUCCCUUUUAUGAAGAAAGAUUCCACCAAAUUGAGGGGUUUGACCUUAAUUUGACCCCUUGCCAAGCAACUUCCUAAAACAAAAAAGUGCAAUUGCUGAUCAAUGUACCCAUGACAUCGAAUGACUUUAGGGGCGUUCACUGUAAGUCAUUUUAACUUGAGUUUAAAUCUUGGUUAUGUUGUGGACAGGUGCCAUAGAGGAUGUUUCAAAGAUAAUAUAUAAAUACAUAUAUUUGUAAUUGUUUUCUCUUUCUCCAAAUACAUAUUUUAUAGAGUUAUUUUUAUCAUUGCAAUUAUUUGUAUGUAAAAUUUUUUUUGUUAUUUUAAGGGUUGUUCUCAUCUCUCUGUUUUGUCUACAGUACGUCUCAUCUCUCAGUACCUUGUAGGGAGCCACUCUGAGACUGUAAAUGAAUAGGGCCACAUGACACCCUAUUCCCUAUGGGCCCUGGUCAAAAGUAGUGCACUACUGAUGAGUACCUUCACAAAGUAUUCAUACCCCUUGACCUAUUCCACAUUUUGCUGUUGUUACAGCCUUUGUUUCUCCCUCUCACCCAUCUACACACAACACCCCAUAAUGACAAAGUGAGGGGUGAAAAAAAAAUCUGAUAUGUUUGCAAAUUUAUUGAAAAUCAAAUACAGAAAUAUCUCAUUUACACAAGUAUUCACACCCCUGAGUCAACACGCAUUAGAAUCACCUUUGGCAGCGGUUUCAGUUGAGUCUUUCUGGGUAAGUCUCGUGUCAAACUCAUUCCACGGAGGGCCGAGUGUCUUGCGGGUUUUUGCUCCUCCUUUGUACUUAAUUGAUGAAUUAAACUAAUUAGUAAAUAUCUCCUCUCACCUGGUUUUAAUUGAAAGGAAAAACCUAAAACACGAAGACAUUCGACUCUCCGUGGAAUGAGUUUGACACGCCUGCUCUCAAAGCUUUGCACACCUGGAUUGUACAAUAUUUGUACAUUAUUCUUUUAAAAUGUCUUCCAGCUGUCAAGAUGGUUUUUGAGCAUCGCUAGACAGCCAUUUUCAAGUCUUGCCAUAGAUUUUCAGGAUGAUUGUUAAGUCAAAACGACUUAGUCCAGUCAGGAACAUUCGAUGUCAUCUUGGUAAGCAACUCCAGUGUAUGUUUGUUUUAGGUUAUUGUCCUGCUGAAAUGUGAAUUCAUCUGCCAGUGGAAAGCAGACUGAACCAGGUUUUCCUCUAGGAUUUAGCCUGUGCUUAGCUCUGUUCUAUUUAUUUGUAUCCUAAAAAAAAACUCCAUGGUCCUUGCCGAUGACAAGCAUACCCAUAACAUGAUGCAGCCACCACCAUGCUUGAAAAUAUAAAGAGUGGUACUCAGGGAUGUGUUGGAUUUGCCCCAAACAUAAAGUUUUGUAUUCAGGACAUAAAUUGCCACAUUUUUUGCAGUUUUACUUAAGUACUUUAGUGCAAACAGGAUGUAUGUUUUGGAAUAUUUGUAUACUGUACAGGCUUCCUUCUUUUCACUCUGUCAAUUAGGUUAGUAUUGUGUUGUUGAUCCAUCCUCAGUUUUCUCAUAUCAGAGCCAUUAAACUCUGUAACUGUUUCGAAGUCACCAUUGGCCUCAUGGUGAAAUCCCCGAGCGGUUUCCUUCCUCUCCGGCAACUGAGUUAGGAAGGACGUCUGUAUCUUUAUAAUGACUGGGGUGUAUUGAUCCACCAUCCAGAGUGUAAUUAAUAACAUCACCGUGCUCAAAGGGAUGUUCAAUGUCUGCUUUUUAUUUUUGACCCAUCUACCAAUCAAUCCUUCUUUACGAGGUAUUGGAAAACCUCCCUGGUCUUUUGUGGUUGAAUCUAUAUUUGAAAUUCACUGCUCAACUGAGGGACCUUACAGAUAAUUGUAUGUGUGGGGGUACAGAGAUGAGGUAGUCAUUCAAAAAAAUGAUUAUUUGACAUGUUAAGCACAUUUUUUUUCACUCCUGAACUUAUUCAGGUUUGCCAUAACAAAGAGAUUGAAUACUUAUUGACCUCAAGACAUUUCUGCUUUUCAUUUUUCAUUAAUUGACAACAAUUAAUUCAUUAUUUCAUCUUUUGCUAUUAUGGGGUGUUGUGUGUAGGCCAGUGACAAACAAUAUACAUUUUAAAAUCAGGCUGCAAAAACAAAAUGUGGAAGAAGUCAAGGGGUGUGAAUACUUUUCUCGAAAAACUUCUCGAAUAGGGUGUCAUUUCUGAUGCCUUCCGUCAAAUUUGUCCAUGCGAUUGUUGAGCUAAAGUGUCCUCAUCACUCUGUUCCCUAAACAGUCCUAUGUUUUACCAUCAGCUGCUAGGUAAUGACAGUAUGUGGUGUAACACUACUCAAACGGUUCUUCCUAGCACUGUCAUAACGACGACAUAACAUGUUGCAACCCACAUUUCACGUCAGCUAUGUGUGUUUUGUAGUAGCUGCUCUCGUGUCGAAGCGACCAUCUUUUCAGAUCGCCACUGUGUCUUUCUUACCUGGAGAACAAUAGGAUGAUUUGGUCGUUCUGAUUUUUAUUUAUGAUUUUAGUUGUAAAAAAAAAAGGUCUCUCUCUUUAUAGUGAAGUUUUCUUCCAGCUUCCAUGAAUCAUUCAAGAGAAUGUUAUGUGAUUUAAAUCACCAAACUCCAACUGUUGUUGCUGCUCUAUUGGUGGUGGCGGGUGGGGGUGGGCUGAUCGUCAUUGAUUCACUGGAUGAAGGGUUUGUCAUUUUUAAAUGAAACGUUAUUUUUCCUCGUCAAACAAUAUUUUUGAGACUAAUGCAAAAGUUUCAUUACUGAAUGUUAUUUUUGUAUUUUCUUUUUUUUAUAUUUCUCCCCCCCCCCCCCUGUAAGACGAUGUCUAACUAUUGAAUAUUGUAGAGAGAGAGAGAGAGAAUGUUGUCCCAACUUUUUAAAAUGCAUUACUUCACUCAAAGGGAACCGUUUUGUGGAGAUCAGAACAGGCCCAUGUUUCAAUGUUUAUACAAGCAUAGCACUUAGAAUGCCUGCCCAUUACCUUGCUUCAUACUAAGUUAGUGUUAGUGUGGAUAUCUGAACCGCUUCAUACUAAGUUAGUGUUAGUGUGGAUAUCUGAACUGUCAAACAAAGCUGCUUUUCUACAAAUGGCACCUUGUACCCGAUGUAGUGCCCUUUUUUUGGACUUGGUUUGUCGAGAUGCGGUGACUCUGAACGUACCUUGUGCGGCUGCGCCCUGUUUAGAGACUGUGUCUGAAAUGGCACCAUAUUCCCGAAUGUGUAGUUCCUUAUAUCGUGCACUGAUUUUGACUAGGGCCCCUAGUGCUCUGGUCAAAAGUAGUGCACUGUGUGGGGAAUAGGGUGCCGUUUGGGACAAAAAAAAAAGAUCUAUACCAGGCUUGUACCACAUCUUCAGCUCUCUUGUACCAGCAGCAAAGCACCGAGACGACAGCUUGGAACCCUGCUUCUUUCCACUGAGAUGGUUCACUCCAGAUUCAGUCAGCUAAAUGUUUGUUCUGAUUCCAGGCUGAUGUCUUCUUUUAAAACACUUCUGUGAACAUUUCAAUCCUGUGAAGUACAAGGGGUUAAUGUAUUAACUGAACAGUGAACACCCCUCCCUCUGUGGCAGCAUGGUAUGACCCGUUGACAGGUAGUGUAGUCUGCUACUGAAGUUGGUUUUCACCUCCUAACUUAAUUUUUGAUGGAUUCGGGAAAGAUAUGUAUUAAUUGAAUUAGCUUUUUUUAUUUUGUAAAAACAUUGCACUGACAUUGAAAAUGUACAUCAAGUGUUUUGUAAAUAAGACAUUUAAAACGGAUGUAUUUGAAUAUAAACUGUAAAAAAUAAUACUGUAGUUGUAUAUGGAGUGAUGAUACUGUUGAUCUGUAACCAAGAAACACAUUCAAUAAAUCAGACGCAAUUAAGCCUUUCA